GGCCCGCAGGCCGCGAUGCGUGACCUGAGCCCGGGCUCCGGGCACUCGAAUGGGGCCUUGUUCUCCGCGCGCCCGGCCUGGGCCGCUCCGGACACGAGUUUCCAGUCAGUCGACUUUCCUGUCAACAGUAGUUCUGGGGAGAAGGCUGCCAGGAUGGGGUUCGCUGGGAGGCGGGACGGCUCCCGCCGGACGCUGCUGUCUCCGCUGCUGCUGCUGCUGCUGCUGACAGCCAGCGGCCUCCUCCUGGGCCCCCCGCCCGGCGCCCGGGCUGCAGAGGCCCCCGCGUGCCCGGACCAGAGCCCCGAGCUGCAGCCCUGGGAGCCGGGCCACGACCGGGACCUCCGCGUGCACAUCGGCCGGGGCCAGGGCCUGCUGCUGGCCGCCUCGGCCACCGUGCACUCCAUCGACAUCUCCGACGGCGGAAGGCUGGUCGUCAAGGACCACCAGGCGGAGACCAUCGUCCUGCGCACCCGCCACAUCCUCAUCCGCCAGGGCGGAGCGCUGCACGCCGGGAGCGCCCGCUGCCCCUUCCGGGGGAACUUCACCAUCCUGCUGUACGGCAGGGCGGACGAGGGGCCGCCCCCGGACCCGUACUUCGGCCGCAAGUUCAUCGGCGUGGGCCCGGGCGGCACGCUGGAGCUGCACGGCCGGCCCAAGCGCGCCUGGACCUUCCUGGCCCGCACCCUGCGCCCGGGCGGCCUGCAGGACGGCAGCUACCACUUCGAGCGGAGCUGGGGCCACCGGGGCGUCGUGGUGCACGUCAUCGACCCCAGGUCGGGGAGCGUCCUGCACUCCGCCCGGUUCGACACCUACAAGUCCCGGAAGGAGAGCGAGCGCCUGGCGCAGUACCUGGGCGCCCUGCCCGCCGGCCGCGUGCUGUCCGUGGCCGUGAACGACGAGGGCUCCCGGAGCCUGGAGGACUCCGCCCGCAAGGCCAUGACCAGGCUGGGCAGCAAGCACUUCCUGCACCUGGGCUUCCGACACCCCUGGAGCUUCGUGACGGUGAAGGGAAACCCCGCGUCUUCCGUGGAGGACCACGUCGAGUACCACAACGGGGGCUCGGCCGCCGCCCGCGUGUUCAAGCUGUUCCGGUCGGAGCAAGGCGAGUACUUCAACGUGUCCGCCGCCAGCGAGUGGGUGCAAGACGCGCAGUGGACGGAGUGGUUCGACCACGUGCCGGCCGCCCACGCCAAAGGCGGGGAGAAGAUUGCCGACCUGCAGGCAGCCCACCCGGGCAAGAUCUGCGUCCGCCCGCUGGACAUCCAGGCCCGGACGGCGGACGGGGCCAACCUCACCAUCCAGGUCGUGCACAAGCGGGGCCAGGACUUCAGGUUCGCCUGCUACGCCGGCGGCCAGGCCUGCCCGCCUCACCGCCUGCGGUUCCUGUGCGGGAAGCCGGUGAGGCCCAGGCUCACCGUCACCAUCGACACCCACGUCAACAGCACGCUCCUGACGCUGGAGGACGAUGUGCGGUCGUGGCAGCCGGGGGACACGGUGGUGGUGGCCAGCACCGACUACUCCAUGUACCAGGCCGAGGAGUUCCGGGUGCUGCCCUGCAGGGCCUGUGCCCCCAACCAGGUCCGGGUGGCAGGGAAACCCCGGUUCCUGCACAUCGGCGAGGAGAUCGACGGCGUGGACAUGCGGGCUGAGGUGGGGCUGCUGAGCCGCAACCUGGUGAUCGAGGGCGAGAUGGAGGCCGCCUGCUACCCCUACGCCAGCCACCUCUGCAGCUUCUUCGACUUCGACACCUUCGGGGGCCACAUCAAGUUCGCCCGGGGCUUCGCAGCGGCACACCUGGAGGGCGUGGAGCUGCGGCACAUGGGGCAGCAGCUGGUGGGCCAGUACCCCAUCCACUUCCACCUGGCCGGCGACCUGGACGCGCGCGGCGGCUACGACCCGCCCACCUACGUGCGGGAGCUGUCCAUCCACCACACCUUCUCCCGCUGCGUGACCGUGCACGGCUCCAACGGGCUGCUGGUGAAGGACGUGGUGGGCUACGACUCGCUGGGCCACUGCUUCUUCACGGAGGACGGGCCGGAGGAGCGCAACACCUUCGAGCACUGCCUGGGGCUGCUGGUGAGGCCCGGCACGCUGCUGCCCUCCGACCGCGACAGCCGCAUGUGCCGGGCCAUCACCGAGGAUGCCUUCCCGGGCUACGUGCCCCGGCCCCGGCAGGACUGCAACGCUGUGUCCACCUUCUGGAUGGCCAACCCCAACAACAACCUGGUGAACUGCUCGGCCGCGGGCUCCGAGGAGACGGGCUUCUGGUUCAUCUUCCACCAUGUGCCGACGGGCCCUUCCGUGGGCACCUACUCGCCGGGCUACUCGGAGCACAUUCCCCUGGGCAGGUUCCAUAACAACCGGGCGCACUCCAACUUCCGGGCUGGCAUGAUCAUAGACAACGGCGUCAAAACCACCGAGGCCUCCGCCAAGGACAAGCGGCCCUUCCUCUCAAUCAUCUCUGCCAGGUACAGCCCCCACCAGGACGCCGACCCGCUGAAGCCCCGGGUGCCGGCCGUCAUCACGCAGUUCACCGCCUACAAGAACCAGGAGCACGGGGCCUGGCUGCGCGGCGGGGACGUGUGGCUGGACCGCUGCCGGUUCGCUGACAAUGGCAUCGGCCUGACGCUGGCCAGCGGUGGGACCUUCCCGUACGACGACGGCUCCAAGCAGGAGAUCAAGAACAGCCUGUUCGUGGGCGAGAGCGGCAACGUGGGCACCAGGACCACGGACAGCCGGGGCUGGGGCCCGGGCGGGCUGGGCCCGGGCGGGAGGACGCUGCCCCUCGGCCAGGACUUCCCCAUCCGGGGGAUCCAGCUCUACGACGGCCCCAUCAACGUGCAGAACUGCACCUUCCGCAAGUUUGCCGCCCUGGAGGGCCGGCACACCAGCGCGCUGGCCUUCCGCCUCAACAACGCCUGGCAGAGCUGCCCGCACAACAACGUCAGCAACAUCACCUUCGAGGACGUGCCGAUCACGUCCCGGGUGUUCUUCGGGGAGCCGGGGCCCUGGUUCAACCAGCUGGACAUGGACGGCGACAAGACGUCGGUGUUCCACGACGUGGACGGCUCGGUGUCCGAGUACCCCGGCUCCUACCUCACCAAGGCCGACAACUGGCUGCUGCGGCACCCCGACUGCAUCGACGUGCCCGACUGGCGGGGCGCCGUCUGCAGCGGGCGCUACGCACAGAUGUACAUCCAGGCCCAGAAGACCAGCAGCAACCUGCGCAUGAAGAUCGUCAAGAACGACUUCCCCGAGCACCCGCUCCUCCUGGAGGGGGCGCUCACCAGGAGCACCCACUACCAGCAGUACCAGCCGGUGGUCACCCUGCGCAAGGGCUACACCAUCCACUGGGACCGCACGGCGCCCGCCGAGCUCACCAUCUGGCUCAUCAACUUCAACAAGGGCGACUGGAUCCGCGUGGGGCUCUGCUACCCGCGGGGCACCACCUUCUCCAUCCUCUCGGACGUGCACAACCGCCUGCGGAAGCAGACCACCAAGACGGGCACCUUCGCCCGCACCCUGCAGAUGGAGAAGCUGGAGCAGAGCGUGCCCGGCCGCAGCCACUACUUCUGGGACGAGGCCUCGGGCCUGCUGUUCCUGAAGCUCACUGCGCAGAACGAGCGGGAGCGGUUCGCCUUCUGCUCCGUCAAAGGCUGCGAGCGGAUCAAGGUCAAGGCCCUGCUGCCCAGGAACGCGGGCGUGAGCGACUGCUCGGCCACCGCCUACCCCCGCUUCGCGGAGCGGGCGGCCGUGGACGUGCCCAUGCCCCGGAAGCUGGCGGGGGCGCAGCUGAGGACAAAGGACCACUUCUUGGAGGUGAAGCUGGAAAGUUCCAAGCAGCGUUACUUCCACCUCCACAGCGACCUCGCGUACAUCGAGGUGGACGGCAGGCGGCUCCCGGGCCUGGAGGAGGGCGUCCAGGUGGUGGCGGUCGACGGCAGCCAGGGCCGCGUGCUGAGCCACGCCAGCUUCCGGAGCGCCGUGCUGCAGGGCAUCCCCUGGCAGCUCUUCAACCACGUGGCGGCCAUCCCGGACAGCUCCAUCGUCCUCAUGGCGUCCAAGGGGAGGUACGCGGCCAGAGGCCCCUGGACGCGCGUGCUGGAGAAGCUCGGGGCGGACAAGGGGCUCAGGCUGAAAGAGAGAAUGGUCUUCGUCGGCUUCAAGGGCAGCUUCCGGCCGGCCUGGGUGGCCCUGGACACCUCGGACCAGCAGGCCAAGGUCUUCCAGGCGGUGCCCAUCCCCGUGGUGAGGAAGAAGAUGCUGUGAGGGAGGGACGCCGAGACCCGGCGCCUCCGCCCGCCCGCCCGCCCG